GAGGUCGGUAGCGCAGACUUGUGUGAGAGCACGAUGCCUGUGGACGUGUCUCAGUGGUGCGGGGCUCUGGCCCUGGACGAGGUAGACGAAAAGCCGGCGCAGCCGCUCAAUGUGACCUACGGUCCUUUGGCGAUAGAGGAGCUGGGCCAAGUGGUGACCCCUACCCAGGUCCAGAACCGUCCAACCAGCCUAUCGUGGGAGGGAAUGGAUAACGGCAAGCUGUAUACUCUUGUGCUUACAGACCCUGAUGCACCAAGCCGAAAAACUCCAAAAUUCAGGGAAUGGCAUCACUUCCUUGUUGUAAAUAUGAAGGGAAACGACAUCAGCAGUGGUUGUGUCUUGUCCGAUUACAUUGGUGCAGGUCCACCCAAAGGAACUGGACUUCAUCGUUACGUCUGGUUGGUCUACCAACAGAAAGAACAGCUCAAAUGUGAUGAGCUAAUUCUCACCAAUCGCUCUGGACAGCAUCGAGGGUUGUUCAAUGUCCUUUCUUUUCGCAAAAAAUAUGGCCUGGAAAGCCCGGUUGCAGGAAAUUGCUUCCAGGCAGAAUGGGAUGAUUAUGUCCCCAAGCUGUAUGAACAGCUGGGAUCCUAAAAGAUAACGUGCCCCCUUAUUGCUCUCUAGUAAUCAUUGCACCUAACUAUUUAGAUGACUUGUAGUGGCAUAAUGGGUGGUUCAGUUUUUCUAUUGCUCAAGAUUCCUGCUCAUUGUCAGUACCUUCUGUAUUAAAUCUCCAUUGCCAAAUACCGCAGCAUUAUAACAGUGUUAAUGAACAUUGCCUUAAAAUGUGUUUUAGUGCAUAACUGAUCCCAUGUAGAAUGACUUUUCAUAAAAAUAAAGCAAAACAUAUGGGUGUA